UUCAUCUGUCGAUACAUGCAAGCAGAACCAUUGCCUCAGUUUGUUAACAUGUCCCGCCUACAUGUCAAUCUCUCGGCAUCUGAUUUGAAAUGGUUUCCAAAUUUUCUUGAGAGCUUCCCGAACUUGAAAUCCCUCAUUGUCUGCAGCGAUGAUUAUAGGAAUCCCACUGAAAUCAGCUUCCCAUCUGUACCUGAGUGUAUGUUAUCGUCUCUUGAGUUUGUGGAUUUCAAAGGCCUCUUCCAGGGAUGUGCUGCUGAAAUGAAUCUAGUGAGAUACUUCCUAAUUAAUUCGGUUGUCCUUGAGAAACUCACUUUGUGUUUGGAUUCUUCUUCAACAAAAGAUGAUAUCUUGAAAAACUUUUCAAAAUCCAAAGAGGUUCUUCCAAAUGUGAAGUCGUUCUUCUCUGAU